AUGAGAAAUAGUAACCCUAUUAUUAAUUAAAAUAUCAUUUGGAUCAGUUCUACUAUAAACUACCUUAAAAAUAAAAAUCUGUUAAGAUAAAAUUAUUAAGAUCUAUUCCGCAUGAGCUAGAAGCUAACUUAGAUUCUGCUUAUGGCUAUAUUAAAUAAUUUUAAGAUAGGUUAUUUAAAAGGGGAAGAAAUUUUAGAAUAUAUGGCAAAUACUUUGACAUUCAUAAAAUUGUAUUUAUUUAAAGUUUAGGACUUUUUUGAUUAAAGAUGUAUAUUAGAUGAUCAAUUAAAAUUAAGAAGAAAUAAAUUUGAAUUGAUACAGGCAUAUGCUGAAUGUAUUGGUUUAAUGAAAGAUUUUAUAAUAAGGAAAAAAUUAAUGUAUGAAUUAGAAAUUAGAGAAAAUUAUGCCAACAUAAUUACAAGCGGUAAAAAAGGAUUCUAUUAAGUUAUGUUAUAUUUAUUAAUAAGCAAUUAAAUAUACCCUGCAGGAAAGAGUUACAGAAGAAGUUAAAAAAAAAAUUAUUCUUAAUAUUUAGGAAUUAUUGAUGAAGUUUAAUCCUAAAACUUUGAUGAUGAUAUCAAUAUAUUAGAAGUUAAUAUAAAUGAUAGUGGAUAAGGAUUUAUGAGAAUGAGUUUGUAACUCUAAGAAAAAAGGUAUUCCUUAUAAUCAUUAGAUCAGUUACAUAUUGCUGAUGGAGAUGAAAAGGUUUCAAAAUAUUCAAUUCGAAUUGGAAUGGGAUUGUAGAUUAAUUGACAAUAUCUAAUUUACUUUUACUUUUUGUUGA